GUAAGCUCAAACUUGGUUCAAAGAAUCACAUUUUCUUCCUCCUUUUUGAUCACUGACGAUUUGACUCAUGUGAGUCCACAUCAGAUUUCUGUAGUCAGGGGAACCAUGGAUUAGAUAGUGUAUCUAUAUAAAGAGCUUCAUCAUCAUUCUUUUCUCAUCAGCUGGUUUAUCCAAUACAAUGGAGUCUCAGAGAGUCUAUUUGGCCAUAGUCAUAGUCUGUUCUGCUCUACUUACUGUUCUAUCAGUUCAGCCGAACUUGGAGGUUGAAGUCGAGGCCCUGAAUGCGUUCAAGAAAUCCAUCACCAGCGACCCGAACGGAACACUUGCAGAUUGGACGUCAGAAGCAAGCCAUCACUGCAAUUGGUCUGGCAUUGCCUGUGACCCCACGACAAAUCAAGUUAUUUCAAUAUCUCUGGUGGAAAAGCAGCUCGAAGGCGUGAUCUCACCCUUCCUUGGAAACGUUUCAGGCCUCCAGGUUCUUGAUCUAACUUCAAACUCAUUCACUGGACAUAUUCCAGCUGAACUGGGACUAUGCUCACAACUUUCUGUACUUUCUCUGUAUCAAAACUCUCUUUCGGGUUCAAUUCCACCAGAACUAGGAAAUCUUGGUAAUCUGCAGCUAUUAGAUUUGGGGGAUAACUUUUUAAGUGGAAGCAUGCCGGAUGCCAUCUGCAAUUGCAGAAACUUAUCUUUGUUUGGUUUAGAAUUUAAUAACCUCACUGGAAAAAUCCCAUCAAACAUAGGAAAUCUUGUUAAUCUCCAGCUUCUUCUAGCAAGUGCCAACAAAUUUGUAGGCUCAUUACCUACUUCCAUGGGUAAGUUGGCAGCUUUCAAAAGGUUUGAUUUGAGUAAAAACCAGCUGUCCGGUGUACUACCCAGGGAGCUGGGAAAUCUGUCAAAUUUAGAACAACUGGUAGCGUUUGAGAAUUCCUUUGUUGGGGAAAUCCCAUCUGAUCUUAGUCGGUGUAAGAAGCUUGUUAACCUUGAUAUUUACAGCAAUUAUUUCACCGGAAGCAUCCCAUCUGAGCUCGGAAGUUUGGUUCACUUAGAAACAUUGAGAUUGUACAAGAAUAGGCUCAACUCCACAAUACCACUCUCCAUUUUUCAGCUGAAAUCAUUAACCCAUUUAGAACUUUCGAACAAUGAGUUAACCGGGAUGGUACCAUCAGAGCUUGGAUCUUUGAGAUCAUUACAAAUAUUGACCCUACACUCCAAUAAGUUUACUGGAGAGAUCCCCUCAUCCUUGACAACCUUGACAAAUCUGACAAUUUUUUCAAUGAGCCAAAAUUCUCUAACAGGGGAGCUUCCAUCAGACAUAGGGUCACUUUAUAAUCUCAAAAACCUCUCCAUGAAUAACAACCUUCUUGAAGGAUCCAUACCAUCUAGUAUAACCAACUGUACCAAUCUUCGAAUUUUGAGCUUGGCUUAUAAUAGAAUAACUGGGAAAAUACCUCAGGGUCUAGGGCAGUUUCCAUAUCUAACUUUCUUUUCUGUUGGAUCAAAUAAAUUAUCCGGAGAAAUCCCAGAUGACCUCUUCAAUUGCACAACUCUUUCCACUCUAGAUUUGAGCCUAAACAACUUUAGCGGUUAUUUGAAACCUGGAAUUGGAAAACUUUCCAAUCUCAGGCGGUUGCGAGCCUUCUCCAAUUCAUUGGUCGGACAUAUUCCACCAGAGAUUGGCCAACUGGGCCAACUUAUAAUACUGAAACUUGCUGAAAAUAUAUUCUCAGGUCCAGUUCCACCACAGCUGUCUAAUCUUUCUCACCUACAAGGGCUAUCCCUGGAUCACAAUGCUUUGGAAGGAGUUAUCCCCGAGAAACUUUUUGAGCUAAAAGAGCUGACUGAACUUGAGUUGCAGCAGAACAGACUGACCGGUCCAAUUCCAGAUACCAUCUCAAAACUCGAGUUGCUUUCAUACUUAAACCUCCAAGGUAACAUGCUCAAUGGUUCCAUUCCAAAAAGCAUGGCUCACCUUAAUCGGCUAACGAAAAUUGAUCUCUCUCACAAUCAUCUCUCAGGACCCAUCCCAGGGUCUGUGGUCUCAGGGAUGAAAAGCAUGCAGAUAUAUUUGAAUUUCUCAAACAAUUUCUUCGAUGGAAGCAUUCCAGACAAGCUUGGCAUGUUGGAAAUGGUGCAGGCCAUUGACAUUUCCAACAACAAUCUUUCAGGAAUGAUUCCUACCGUGCUAGAAGGCUGCAGGAACUUGUACUCUCUUGAUCUGUCAGGUAACAAACUCUCUGGGCCAAUUCAAGCUGAAGCCUUUGCUAAGAUGGACGCCCUCACAAGCUUGAACCUUUCAAGGAACAACUUAGAUGGUGAACUCCCAGAAGAGUUGACAAACUUGAAGCAUCUCAGCUCCCUUGAUCUUUCCCAGAAUUCUUUGAGGGGAGUUAUUCCUGAGAGCUUUACUAAUUUUACCACCUUAAAACACUUGAACCUCUCUUUCAACCAACUUGAGGGCCCUGUUCCGGACACCGCACUAUUCAGAAGUAAAAAUGCAUCAAACUUGGUAGGAAACCCAGACCUCUGUGGAAACAUACUGCUUAAGACAUGCAAGAAAAGUUCACACCACAUAUCCAAGAAAACCAUUUACGUUCUCGUGGCGCUUGGAAUUCUUUCUUUGCUUCUCAUUCUAGUGAUUAUAUUCAUAUUCCUCAACCGUUUUACCAAAUUGUGUAAGCCAGAAAAGGUUGAAAAUCCAGAACCAGAGUGUGCUACAGCUUCGGCACUCGAGAGGUUUGAUCCAAAGGAUUUAGAAAAUGCCACCGAUUCUUUCAGCAAAGAGAACAUUCUAGGUGCAAGCAGCUUGAGUACAGUGUACAAAGGUCGACUGGAAGAUGGGCGGAUUGUAGCUAUAAAGAGCUUGAAUCUCCAGCAAUUCUCAGUUGAAUCAGAUAAAUGCUUUAACAGAGAGAUCAAGACAUUGAGUCAACUGAGGCAUAGGAAUUUGGUGAAGGUACUCGGCUAUGCAUGGGAGAGUGGGAAAUUGAAGGCCUUAGUUCUGGAGUACAUGGAAAAUGGGAACCUGGAGAACAUCAUACAUGAAGAUGCGAUGAACCAGUGGAAAUUGACAUUCUCUCGAAGAAUCAAUAUUCUGGUCUCUAUAGCAAGUGGAUUGGAUUACCUACAUUCAGGCUAUGAUUUUCCCAUUGUUCAUUGCGACUUGAAACCUUCUAACAUCUUGUUGGAUGAUGAUUGGGAGGCCCAUGUGAGUGAUUUUGGAACAGCUAGAAUGUUGGGUGUUCAUCUUCAGGAUGGGAGUAGCCUUUCUACAGCAUCAGCUCUCCAAGGAACAAUCGGCUACUUGGCACCAGAGUUUGCAUACAUGAAGAAAAUCACAACCAAAGUAGAUGUAUUCAGCUUUGGUGUAAUAGUGAUGGAGUUACUGACAAGACAAAGGCCAACAGGACUCAUGGAAGAGAAUGGGCUGCCAAUGAGCUUGCACCAACUAGUGGAGAAUGCCCUUGCCAAUGGAUCAGAUUCGCUUCUUGAAGUUCUGGACCCAAUGCUAACUUCAGAUAUCUCCAAGGAACAAGUGGCAAGUGCAGAAGAGCUGCUCAAGCUAGCCUUGGUUUGCACCACCCAGAAUCCCGAGGAGCGGCCUAUUAUGAAUGCGGUGUUGUCCACCCUUUUGAAACUGAAAAAGGCAAUAUAAUUUAAGAAACAAGUUCAAAAGUAUUUCUUAGCAUUAUGAAUAUUGAACAGAUUGAAUUGAAGUUGCAAAGUUGUAUGACUUGUAUCAGAAA